CGAAGAAGCGUUCCUCAUCCUCAAAUGUUUCCGUCCUAAAUCGUUAACGAAACCCUACGUUCUUGAACGCACCCCGGAUUUAAAUUGUUGUAGCAACGAGCUAAACCAUGCCUGCAGCGUCUGUUGUUUCUAGUCCUAGACACAGUUGUUUCAAUUAAUGGUAAAUGUAUCAUCAAAUGUGGCUAGUUGUUGGCUCCAAAUAUUGACUAACGAGUUGAAUGAGUUGGGUACAUUAGCUAGCUAAAUUAGCACUAUCAAGGUACCAUAGUACCCAUAAAGGCACAUCUUUGCUGGGGCAAUGUCUGCAGUCAGCAGCCUGGUCCCGGCUCGAUUCCUGACUCUCACUGCUCACCUCGUCAUCGUCAUCACCAUUUUCUGGUCACGGGAGAACAAUGUUGAAGCUUGCCUGCCUUUGGAUUUCACACAGGACCAAUAUGACAAGGAGGACACCAAGUUGGUUGUAGCGUUGUCAGUCACCAUGGGUCUGUUUGCUAUAGAGCUGGCUGGCUUCUUCUCUGGUGUGUCUAUGUUCAACUGCACCCAGGGCCUCCUCUCGUUGGCUGUCCACUGCAGCGCGUCCGUCUCCCUGUCUUUCUUUGUCUUCCAGAGAUGGGAGUGUUGGACAUACUGGGUUAUUUUUGCCUUCUGCAGUGUUCUCCCUGCAUUUGUGGAGAUCCUACUCUUCAUCGCAGUGUUCGGACUGAAGAAGAAGCCACUAUAACCGAGAGCAGUGUUUCACAUCAAUGUUCAGUCUGGAAUGUAGUGUCCAUCCUUCCCAGCACUUGUACACAGCUGUCCAAGUGUGUGACACAUUGUGACUGUUCAAUAGUGUCAAGGAGACAUAGUUGAUGUUAGUGAUGCUGGAUGGUGAUCGUAGUGAUAAAGACAACAGAGCUGGUUAAGAUGUGGGUGGUCUAAGCUGCAGCAUCCGAUACGGUGACAGCAUCGGUUCGAAUCUGGCCUUCUGACUUUUAACACAACCUUUAUCCAUCAAUAGUCAGAUUAUUUUAUUUAUUUAUUUUAAGCUGUGGUCUGUGUUUCAGGAUUGUGGAUGUUGUAGAGAAACGGAGCUACUGUAUGUACCCAAGGCAGAGAGGACGAUUUCUAAAAACUCCAGCGUAUUGAUCCUAAUUACUACGCUGAAUGUAUAGACACAAGUAACCAUCUUUCUCUUCACCAUGCUAAAUGGUCCUGUGUACCAAAGGAUUUUAGUACCACCUUUCUAAAACGUUUACCUAAAAAAUAUAUGUUUGCUCAAGCUGAAGCUAUCCCAGUUUGUUUUUCAUUUCAUUGUAGAGUCACUUGUAAACCAUUUGUUUCUUUUAAUAUGCUUUUUAAAUGAAUCUAAAAUGUGGUGAUGUUUUUUAUUUUAUUUUACUAGGCGAGUCAGUUAAGAACAAAUUCUUAUUUUCAAUGACGGCCUAGGAACAGUGGGUUAACUGCCUGUUCAGGGGCAGAACGACAGAUUUUGUACCUUGUCAGCUCAGGGAUUUGAACUUGCAACCUUUUGGUUACUGGUCCAAUGCUCUAACCACUAGGCUACCAUAUAGGGGUGUAGCUACCAUCAGAUAUGUCACAAAAAAAGACGAUUAAAGUAUUUUACCUGUGUAA